UCUCAGGCAGCCUCACGGUCUGAUGAGGGUGGGAGAUCCGAGGAUCUGAACCCGAGGUAGAUGCCACCGGAGAGGGAGAACCGAGCACAAAGACGCAGGUACCUCCGGAUCCGAUCUUGAAUGUGAAGCCCCCAAGGAAGAAGGCGCCGGAACGGCAAAGCUGUUUCUGGUCUUUGUCAGAUCCGGGUUCAACAUCUCCAUGGAGACCUCGGUUGGCAGAGGACGCUUUCUUCGACUUCCACGGCGAGUGACGUACAUCCAUGGCUGGUUGGUUGGGUCGAGAACAUCUCCGUUCUCCAGGGAAGGGGGAGACCCCUUCGGGGAUGGAACCCUGCCGAGCACCGGCCAGUCGGCUGUAUAGAGCCGACACCGCGGCGAAACUUCCACCAGACCAGUGCCGCGUUCGGCAACUGGGUUGGAAGAAAGAUAAAAACUAGGCUUGGCGUGUGUUCCCCAGUAGCUUGUGUAUGUUUGCUACUUGCUUGUUACGAGUAGCCACUUCGCUCCUGUAGUCCUCCACAAGCAAGCAGUUGCUACAUUGAAAGUCAGUGCGGUCCACAUUGACCCGGAACAAAGCAAAGUAAACACGGUUCCCGCAGCGCUAUAAACGUUCAAUAGUGGCCUGCAUUUGAUACCUCCGAGCCAGCUACUGCAAUGUCUCUCCCCCUAUGCGGUCUGGCAGUUACAUUGAUUUCUAAUGUAACUGCGCGCUAAUGAAGUUGGUGGAUCAGACCAUCUACUAAUGGGGUGCGUUUUCACAUGUUACGGUCAAUUCGGAGGAGUUCACGCUAUGGAGAGUGAAACGAACGGAAACAUCUCUUCCCAGCUUCACCUGAACAACCGCAUUAACGCGAAUGACAGGGUUGACACCUAUGGGUUUGAGAAGCCUGAGGGUUAUGAAUCCUAUGAGGAGAUGAUGGCUCAAUAUGUAGCCGUUCUCACCAGGCAGUCUGUCAAGUGGUCCAAACUCCUGCAGGGGAAAGCCCAUGUGGAAAAUAACCUGAAGGUGAAGCGGUAUGUGCGUAAGGGUGUGCCCAACGAGUACCGAGCCCAGAUCUGGAUGGCAGCCAGCGGGGCCCAGGAACACCUGGAGAAGAACCCGGGGUACUACCACUCUCUGCUGGGCACCGAGCAGCAGCACGACGCCAAGCUGGAGGAGACCGUCCGCAUAGACAUGCACAGGACAUUCCCCGAAAACGUGCAGUUCCGGAAGAGCUCUGAGCCCUGUCUGCAGAAGGCUCUGUACAAUGUGCUGCUGGCAUACGGACACCACAACCAGGUUGUGGGAUACUGCCAGGGUAUGAAUUUCAUUGCAGGCUACCUCAUCAUCAUCACUAAGGAUGAAGAGAAGUCCUUCUGGCUGAUGGAUGCUUUAUUGGGAAGAAUACUCCCCGACUACUACAGCCCAGCCAUGCUGGGGUUGAAGACGGACCAGGAGGUGUUGGGGGAGCUGGUAAGGGUCAAAGCCCCAGCCGUGUGGCAGACCAUGGUCCAACACAACGUCAUGUGGUCCUUGGUGGUCUCCCAAUGGUUCAUCUGCCUCUACAUCGACGUUCUGCCUGUAGAGACAGUUCUGCGGAUCUGGGAUUGCCUGUUUUACGAGGGUUCUAAGAUCCUGUUCCGCGUGGCCUUGACUCUGAUUCGCCACCACCAGGCUGAGAUCCUGCAGGCCCGCUCCAUGGUCGAGGUGUGUGAGCGCUUCAAACUGAUCACCCAGGGAGCCUUUACAUACGACUGCCGCACCUUCAUGCAGGAAAUCUUCAGGGAACCAGGAAGUCUCUCCAUGGCAACCAUCACUAAGCUGCGGGAGACGUACAGAGAGCGUAUCGUGGCGGAGGAGACCAGACUCUGCCCCUGACCACCACUAAUAACCUCCCUAAAGCAAUCGCCUUGCGGUUCGCCUGGCCGUGUUCCAGGUCAUUUUUGUUGCCCUGACGCUAACAAGAUUGUUGGAUCUCACAAUCCCUGGGGAAAUGUGUAAUAUCUCAGGAACCAUAUGAUGACAUCUGAGGUGCUAAAAUGGUCUGAGCGAUUGUAGUACCCCAUCUAACUGAAUAUUAUUUAUUUGUUCUCAGGUAGCAAUUCUUUGCAUUGUAAAAAGCUAACUGUAAUUUCCCUGUGGUAGGAUCUUGGGAACAAUAGGUUGGGGUUUGUUAGAGUGGAGUUUCUUUUUAAAUAUUUUUUUAACCUUUAUUUAGUCCAGUUAAGAACAAAUUCUUAUUUUACAAUGACAGCCUACUGGGGAACAGUGGGUUAACUGCCUUGUUCAGGGGCAGAAUGACUCAGCUCAGGGAUUCGAUCCCGCAACCUUUUGGUUACUGUCCCAAUGCUCAGACUACUAGGCUACCUGCCGCCCCAAUAUGUAAGCAUAGGCUUGUUGGGUUGAAGAUAAUGAGGUGUCACCUCUGAAAUGAAGUCACGGGCUGUAGUCCACUCCUCCGCGAAGUGUACACUCCCACCCAGGAAUCGUCUGGGAAAAUAAAUUCCAGCCUAUACUUACACCAUCCAAAUGCUUUAAAUCCAUGAACAAGUGCAUACUUAGGCCCGAAUCCUAACUUGAUCUGUGCAUGUAUGUUUCUGCGCUAAUCUUCCAUUGAAUGCAUGAAUUAUGCUUGUGCAAUCAUACCUCUAUAGAUUUUGACUUUAGGGUAAAAGGUUUUGGAAUUGGACCUUUUUACUGUUUUGCCACAAUAAAGGACUGC